AUGGAAGAAGCAUCUUUCGCAAAGCAGAAUGGCUCUGACUCUACUUUUAAUGAUAAUUGCAAUCAGGAAAAAGUUGGGCUCUCAGAUACAGGUGAAGAUCUAACUGAAGCUAUUUAUGAUCACAUCAAAAGGGGUGAGCUCCAAGAAGCAGUGGAGAUCCUCCAGGGUUUUAUUGAGCAAGGUAGGCAUGACAAGCCAGUAUACUCUGUCAUCUCUUACUGUUAUUACCAACUAGGAGAAUAUGAAAAGGCUGUUGAUAGUUACAAAGAACUUAUCAAAAUUUGUCCUGAUAAUCCUCAAUAUGUCUUCUACUAUGCUCAAUGCUUGUUUAAAAUAUCUGAAUUUAGUGAAGCAGGUAAGGUCUGAGAGAAACUUAAAGGAACUUCUCUUGAUCAAGAAGCAAUCCAGCUCUUGGCAGCUAUCUCUUAUGAGAAAGGAAACUUUUUCGAAGCCAAGAAAAAUUUGAGGAAACUUUCCUCGACUGAUUUCUCAACUCUCGUAAACAAAGGAUGAAUAUACUUUAAGGAGGGAGAGUACGAUAAAGCUGAGCACAAAUUUAAAGAGGCUACUAAAAUCUCUGAAUUUCAUGCUGAGCUAUUCUACAACCUUGCUCUCUGACUAUAUGAGAAAGGAGAAUUCGAAAAAGCUGAAAUUUAUGUAGACCAAAUCAUUGAGCAAGCUUAUAAAAAGUAUCCCCAAUUGAGGGUCUCUGAAGAUGACCAGGUUUUUGAGGAGAACAAACAACUGGCAGCCCAGAUGCUCAGAGAAACAGCAAUAGUAGAAGCUAUUAAUUUGAAAUCUGCUAUUCUGUUUGAAAAGGAAGAAUAUGUUGCUGCUAAAAUGACUAUAAAAAGAGUACCAGCAAUUAGUACUUCUGGAAUCGAUCCUGUAACUUUCCAUAAUCAAGCUAUUUUCUUUGUAACAGAGAAUUCAGCAGAAUCGAUCAAGAAGAUGAAUCACUUGUUGAAUGAAUGCUUAUUCCCGCCUGAGACAUUUCAAAAUCUUCUUUUUCUUUACUGAAAAUACUUCUUCUAUGAUCUUGCGAAUGAGUUGAUUCAUGAAAAUCCUAAAUAUUGUCAGAAAUUAAUUGAAAAAGACGACCUUGAAUACAUAAGUACUUUGAUCCUUCAACAAAGAGACCCUAAAGAGGCCUGAAUCAAUUACCAAAAGUUGCUAAAUGAAUAUAGAAUAUCGAUUACUAACCUGAAGUCCAAACUAGAGGACCUCCCAGAAAGAUCUCUGGAGAGAAAUUCAAUUUCGAUUAGAAUAUCUGCUCUGACUGAGAAAUAUGUAGCUGUUUUGACAAACCAAGCGAAGAUUUCAUGGGACAAUAAAGACUACAACAACGUUGAAGCUUUAUUCAAGGAGUCUGCUGAUAUUUGUGACGAAAAUAAGGUUUUCCAAGUCAACCUAGCCCAUAGUGUAUACAUGCAGAGUAAGAACUACCCUGAAGCAAUUAAGUAUUACGAGGAAAUCAUCGAGAAGCAUAAGGAUAAUCUCCUUAAAUGAGAGACUAUCGUUAUAGCUAACCUCUGAGUCUGUUAUAUUUUGUCCAAGGUGAACUCAAAGGCAGAAAGUUUGAUCAAUCAAGUCCAGGAGCAUGAGAAAAUAGCGACUAUUAAUGACCCUUCUCAGAAAGUGUUCCACUCUUGCAUUAUCCAUUUGGUAAUAGGAACUCUGUACUGAUCAAAGGAUAUGUUCGAAUUUGGUAUUAAUCUUAUCAUUAAGAGCCUGAAUCCUAUCAAAGAUAAGCUCGGAACAGAUACUUGGUACUAUACAAAGCGCUGAUUUUUAUCAUUAAUUGAGAAACAAUGCAAAAAGCAAUGCAUCAUUAAGCCUGAACUCUACGAAAGUAUUUUUGAAUUCUUGGAUAAAGCCUAUAACAACGGAAAGAACAUCACCACCAUCAUUUAUGUUAAGAAAUCUGAAAGGCAUAAGUCUACAGUUGCUUAUGAGGCAAAGUUCUUAAAGAAAAUCUUCCUAAAACUCCAGAAUUCCAAAAACAAGGAGCCUACUAUUGAUCAGUAAUUCCUAAUUACCCUGAUUAAAUAUUCAAGUUGA